AUGUACGAGGCUUUCGAAGCUGGUGAUCGAAUCAUCCGCGUGAUCAACAACAGAAGCCAGACCAAUGAUGAACAAAGAGGAUACGAUGUGGACCUUGCCGAAUUCAACACCGAUAAAAGUACUGUUUAUUGGAGGCAUAUUUCACAUCAGCCAUACCACAAAGAUCCUCCCACACCGCCAGGGCCGGAGGAGGUUUUACCGACAGGCGAGGUCAGAAUAUAUACCAUGAUUGUGACGGUCAAGGGACCUGCUACGGUCAGGGCGCUACAGUCGGUCAAACAUAGAAUCUCUACUGGGACCACAAUUUGUCUGAUGCAGAAUGGUAUGGGCCAAAUUGACGAGCUCAAUCGCGAGGUCUUCACCGAUCCAGAAACUCGACCAACAUAUAUGCUCGGUGUUAUAUCUCACGGUGUCUUUCUAUCACGACAAUUUGCUGUACAUCACGCUGGGAUAGGUUCAACUGCCAUCGGCGUAGUAAGAGAUCUGGAGAGACACCCUCUGCCUCCAAAGUCGCCCCCAGUCUCUUUGACAGAAGUAGACAGGAAGAGAAUGUAUCCUAGUGAUCAGGACCUCUAUGCGAACAUUACGUCUCGAUAUCUCCUUCGCACCCUCACAAGGUCUCCGAUCCUUGUUUGCGCAGCUUUUCCGUACCUCGACCUUCUACAGUUACAACUUGAGAAGCUAGCAGUCAACUGCAUUGUGAAUCCCACCACGGCGUUGAUGAACGUGCCCAACGGUAGUCUAAUAGGAAACAGUUCUCUCGCGAAAGUGUCAAGGCUUCUAAUUGCUGAGAUUGCUGCGGUCAUGCGAGGUCUCCCCGAAUUAGAAGGGGUACCCAGUGUCCGGGUCCGAUUCUCACCAGAAAGGCUCGAAACGUUGUACAUUGGAGUUGCACAAAGGACGGCUCAGAACAGCAGCUCCAUGCGUGAGGAUAUCAGGAAUGGCAAGGACACCGAAAUUGAGUAUAUUAAUGGCUACAUUGUCCGACGGGGUGAAGAGAUGGGCCUCAAAUGCGUCCUGAACUACAUGUUGAUGCAAUUGAUCAAGGGAAAGAGUUGGGAUACGAGGGAUGCAGAGGGACAGACGCUUCCAUAUGGUGUGAGCGAAGUCAUUGGGAAAGCUACUCGGACGGAUUUGAGUGGUGAUCGUCAAGUUCAGUUGGAAGAACGAGGCACUCUGCAACGCGGCGAACCUGGUCAGAUGGAGAAAGCUAGACCUUCACAGCGGAAUGGCCGCGAUAAGAAUGACAUUCUAUGA